UGAUGUUGCGCUUAAAUAUCACGUGUUGAUGCAUGAUCAUUUUCCCAGCUGUCAAAGGAGAAACGAAUAAGUAUUCAGACGUUGGCUUGGAUUUCUUAAUAUCCAUUUUUAAAAAGAGAUUCAUGGACCUUGCAAAGUUUCGGAAAGUCCGAAGCAGCAGCAACAGACCUUUCUACAUUCACAGUAUGGUGCUGUUCCCUCAGAAAAAUAACACUUUGGAGGGUCCUUAGUGCGCUGGUGAAGGAUGUAACUUAGAAGUAUAACGCCUUUGGAAAAAUUGCACCCAUUACCACAGAAUAAAAAAUUGUCAUGGCUUUUGAUGAAACAUGAUUAUUAUGGGUCCUUUGAAGGUAUUUGCAUGAACGUUACUAUCAUUGUUCUAUCAUUUCGUAAAUGUUUCAUAUCCUGACUUCAUCACUACCUUCAACUAUUUUUUUUUGCACAGAUCUGUAGGACUGAAAGGUGUAGUUGUUACCCAAGACAAAAUGGAAAGGUCACCCCCACUAAAACUGACAGAAUUACCUGAGGAUUUGCUGUUACACAUAAUGAGCCUGUUCAAUCCCUAUGAUCUUUCUAAGCUUGGUGCCACCUGUAAAUUGCUCCACACUCUCAGCCAGUCUAACUCAGUCUGGAUAAAAUUUUGUCAGAAAGUUACCAAUUUAAAGGAUGUUCAACUUGGAGAAUUCUGUAAUUACAAGAAGUUGUACACCAAUUUGCUUCACAAGUAUGGCUGUUUGAUUGGGUUAUACGAGACCAAAUUUGGUCCCUUUGGAGGCCUCACCGAAGUCAUAUACUCAAAUGGUGCAAUUGAGGGCCACACCUGGGAUUUAGCAUCAUCAGAAGAUAUUGAAGCUCCACUAAAGAGCAAUAUUCUGUUCUCUCUAAAAAAGAGUGAAUACCAUACACAUAAUGUUUGUCUCCCAUACAUGAAUUCUCAUCAUGGAGCUGUUUCUGUUGGAAAGAGGAAAGGUACUUUUACCCUUUUGUGCUUCAACCCAAAGGAACAUGCCCAGGCUGUCUGGAAGGACUUCGGAUAUGAUCAGGAGAUAUUUGAUUAUUUUCAAAGUCAUAGGAAAGGACUAAAGAAAUACAGACAUGCAUUAUUUUGCCAGUGGGAAUUGAAAUGUCAUCAGCAAAAACUCAUCUCUCUCAGUAGUUGUUUUGAUUUAUCCAUGCUCUACGAGCGCCUGAAUUUUCAGCACCCUUGUGACAUCCCAGAGCUCAUGCCAGAUGGAAUAUGCCCAAAACAGCUUGUUGCUCCAGGAUUGUUCAAAAGCAGUGACAAGAUUCGUGGAGUAGAACUAUUGCAUUUUACAUAUUUGGAAGGGAUUGAACUUUGUGCUAUAGAGGUCACAGGAAAUGGAUAUACUCCUGCACAGACAGUAUCAUUUGUAGCCCAACUGAACUUUCCCACAACAAGUGUACAGGAACCACAUAAAUUUGAGGAUCUGAUUGAUUCAGACUUGGAAAGGGUCCAACGUGUGUGCCCAAUUUCAGACAUCCCUUCACAGGCUUUCACUCUACCACAAGACUGCCUAGAUGAUGCGCCAUCAGACAUGUGUUAUGCAAGGUACCUUGGACAUGGCUUGGACAGAUACUCACAGACACCAGCUAUAACUUUUGCUCAUGUUAUGGUGUUUGAUGAAGACACUGUAGGCGUGUUGUGGAUAGAACAGGAGUGUUUCACUCUUUGUAAGCGUGUGCAUCAGACCUUCAACCAAAACCGUCUUUAGGGCAUCCAGAGUCAGAGUUUUGUGUAACCUCUUGCAGGGAUAUUCUCAUUUGCAUAGAUAGAGGAGAGGUUUACAUUGGCCUUAAAACUGUGAUAUGAGAAAAUUGUAAAAUGAAUAUAGAAAAUACAGAAAGAUUGGACUAUCUUGUAUUAAAUAUAAAAUAAUAAAAAAACAAAGCUA